CUCUCUUCUCUCCCGUCCCCGGCGGCCGGCCGGGCGUCGAGUUCGUCCGCGCGGGCUAGCUCCCUCUCGGCCAUGACGACGGACAAGGGGCGGCCGCUGCCCAAGUUUGGGGAGUGGGACGUGAAGAAUCCGGCGUCGGCCGAGGGCUUCACCGUCAUAUUCCAGAAAGCCCGCGACGACAAGAAGACGACCGGCCCCGGGCACGCGCAGGCGGGCAUUCCGCCGGCCUUUAGGAACAACGGCGGCGCCGGCGCCGGCGCCGGUGGAUACAGGCCCGAUUUCAAAUCCAGCGACAGCUACCAGUAUACGCCGCCCAAACGCGUCAAGGUAUCCAUACCGAUAGCCUGGUAAGAAUAGUGUGCGCAGUUCUUCCGGGCGCUGACGCAUGGAGCUUUGGUUUAUUUCAAUUUGCAGAAGAAGUGGUUCUUCUG